AGUCAGUCAGUCAGUCAGUCGAGGUGCAGACUUGGCCGUGUCCUGUUCGGUGGGGGUUGUUCGCUGUUCCGUGUCGGUCACCUGCUUUUUUCCCAGUUGGUGAAGCAGGUGGUUUGCUGGUGCAGGUGGAAGCGCGAUUCGGUUGGAUGAGGCUUGCCUUUGCUGAUAUUCUGAACAAGCAUCGGUACGGAUCGAAGCGGGGAGUGUGUGGAUAAUCCGGAGGAGACGCAUGGUGUUCCAGUGCUCGACAAAGGAAAAGGUGGAAAGUCAAAACUCGGUUAAUAGGGAACUCGGGUGGCUUUUCAUGUCGUCCUACUAAGAAGGGUAUAUCUCGUCUAUUCAGCGUCUGCCAGCAUCCCGAAACCAAGUGUGUGAGUGUUCGGGUCGGUGUUUUUUUUCUUAUUUUCGGUAAGGAAGAGAGAAAAGGAGAGAGGAAUUAGUGAAUAUUCGACUCGGGAACGGGAAAACCCCGUUUUUGCGCGAGAGAGGCAAAAUCUUGAUCCUGCUCGGUCGACUGACAUUAGGUCACUGUGGAUGCUGUGAAGUGUAUGUAAUUUUGUUCGAUGACGAAUGCAACAUCCGCUGCUGGUCCGAAGGUGAGAAGUGGCUUUCCGGUUUAGGAAAAUUCUACUGCCAAAUAUAUUCGCGUGUGACCGAAUGCUGUUUUUAUCCCAAGCCCAGCAGGAUUCCGAUUCGGUUCCGGCCGUUUUGUGUGGUCAAAUGUGUUUCAAAAUCCAGUGAAUCUGUGUUCAGGAUCGAAAGUGAAAAGUUGGAUAUUUAUUAUACAACAAUCUUGCGACAGCUGUUCCAGUUCCAGUGAAAGGCCUGUGUGUGUGGCCUGUGCCAAUCAAAUUGUGCGUGGCAUUCGAGGAAUAGCGCAACCUCUGCAAAAAUUGUCAAUCAGCAACCACCAAGCAAAAGUCAUGUAUAAAAGUUUAACUAGUGAAAAUAAAUAAAUAAAUCAAUAAAUAAAUAAGUGUUAGUGUUUUGACAUGUUCAAGUUGAAAAUAGUUCCAUCGUAGUUGGCCAUUAGAAAUCGGUGUUACAUUGCCUAGAGUAAAAAAUAAAAUUAAAUAAAUAGUUCGUUUUCUGUCCGUAGAAGUUUUCCAAUGAAAUUCAAAUCGAUAUUGAAAAUAUUAGCAGCAAAUUACUACCGACUGAAGUGAUCAAACCGAGACGAGGAGGAGCAGCAGCAAACCCAAAUCCUUUUUCACUGCCGCCCACUGGGAAGCAAAAGUGUUCAAGCGAAGCCGAAACAAACGCCCAGCAGAGGAUGAAAGUCCAGCGUCGACUGAUGAAAGGCCCAUCAGCAUCAUCGUUACACACAGAAGCGCCGAUUGUUGUGUCAGCAGAAUCAUCCGAUCUCGACGGUCUAGUAUCGGCAUCAUCUCGGCGGAACUCGGCAACCGGCAAUCGCCGGGGCACGGCGACGUUUCGGAAGCGCUCGCGGCGAAUGAGUAGCUUUCAUCGACAUCGCCAUAAAAAGCAAACGCCGACCGCCGCCGCCGAAAGGGAACAAAACCUCAGUUCUAGUUCUAGCAGCCCCGGCCCGGCCAACGCUGGAAGCAGUGGCACACACACAAUGCACAACGGUAGUAGUAAUACGGAAAGUGUAACAAUCCGUUUCCUGCACCCGACCGACGGUGGUUAUUCAUACUCGCACUUUUCCGGGCUCCAGUCGAAUCGAGUCGAGAGCGAGAAGACGGAGGCCGAUGAGAGUCAGGUUGACCGAAAUGGGACGUACCGGCAUCGCCAAUCGUGGCGACAGGAUCCACUUAGAGCCAGCAUUGCCACUGCCAUUGCUCCGGUCACCAGCGGUUGGAAACAUUGUUGCGGCUGGUGGAGUGGGUUGAGCCAGCUGGCGAACGUACACCGAAGAUGGGGCUGCAACUUUGGCCCAGUUCCGUUCGUGGCAUUGCUACUGCUGGCAUUCGGGUGCUGCACAACUUCGUCGGUCCUGGGAACGACAAUCACGGCCAAAUCAGGUUACCAAAUAAGCACCGGUCCAGAUGUGGUGGUGGCGGCGGGUCCGGUGGUCGAGAUCCCGUUAGCGGCAGCUCAAAAACAGCGCCCCCUGUGUGCCGUGUCGGAACAUACGUGCAACAAUGGCCGCUGUGUGCCGCUGAACAAAUAUUGUAAUAAUGUAAACGAUUGCGGGGACGGAAGCGAUGAGCCACGAUUCUGCACCAGAUGUAAUCGAACCUACUACGGCAAUAUUGGCCUAACGUACGACCUGGAACUGCACCGGCCGAAAGAAGAUCGCAUACCGUACGUGUGCCUCCUGACAUUCACGGCGGCUGGUGGCAACCAAGGCGACAUUGUGCAGGUCACACUGGAGAGCUUCACCCUGGGCAGGUUCGUUUCCUACACCGACAAUGGCUGCCCGGAUGGUUACCUGCAAGUGGCAGAAGCAAAUCGGACUCCAGUCGGCGGAAUGUGGUGCGGGACCACCUGGGGACCGGCAAUCUUCUACAGUGAAACCCGUUCGCUCAUCAUGACUGUCAAAUUGCUCAAACUGUCACGAGAUCAAAGCGGAUACAACUUCGACUUCCGGAUACAGUAUAAAAUGCUGUCGCGAAACAGUGCCGUCGUCCGGUACGGGGGCAUCCGGCACGAGUACAUCCCACCGUGGACCAACAUCACCUACAUUCCCAAUUAUCCGUUAAUUGAUGAUUUCACCAACUCGACAGCCCACUCGGAACAGCAGUACGGCAGCUACGACACAACCGGUGGCAGCCGGCAGCGCGGUGCGGUCGAACUAAGCUUCGACAAUUCAACCGGAAAAGGUGCAUCCUCAUCCUCGUUCGGACUGGGCCGAAGUGGCGCCCAGUCAUCGACCGGUGGUCUGUACGGUCCGAGCCGGGAACGGCCGUAUUCAAUUAGGAAUCUAACGUCGCUGGCAUUUCAACCGAGCGGGGCCGGACAGCAGGAAAAUUACACCGAGCCCAAGUAUUACCUAGGCGACCUAAUGCCGGGGACGUACUGCUCCCGGAUAUUCACCAACUGUGAUAAGAAAGCCUGCCGGUUGCAAUCGCCCAAUUUUCCUGGUGUCUACCCGAGGAAUUUGACCUGUUACUUUGCAGUGCGACAGCACGACGUCCCACCGGGCAAGCAUGCCUUCAUCGUGAUAAGCCAACCGAAAGGCAACCUGGUGUGGGUUUCGACUGACGCUUCGGCCAUCAGCUCCGGCAGUGGCACCGGCAGCGGAAGUAGCAGCAGUGCCAGCAGCACCAGCAGCGAUAAGGAAAAGUACAAACCACGGCUCCAUACCUGGAACGAAUGCGACAGUGUGCAGGACAGUACGAAUCCCAAGUGGAGAUCGACGGACUACAUCACCGUUUACGAUGGCUACACGACCCGGGAUCCGAUCAUACUGAAACUGUGCGGCGGCGGUGAACCCGUUCCAGCUUCCAUUUCCAGCGGUCCGGAGUUGCUGGUAGAGUUUACCACUUCGCCCUUCGGUACGUUCAGCAGUCCGGAGACGAGACGUCACUCGCUGCACGGCUUCCAGCUAGAGGUCUCGGUGAAAUUCGUCGACCUCCAGAGUCCCACGUACGCGAAAAGCAAACGCAUCUGCGAAUUCUGGCUACGAGGUACCGGUCACGGGGUCCUGCAGAAUCCUCAGCACUCGUUAGCCCCGAACACCACCUGUCUCUAUCACUUGCAAGGUACCGAAGCUCGCUCGUUAGAUGCCAUCAAUAUCCCACGACGUUCCGGUGCACUGUCAACGUCUCCGACCCGGUUCAAGGUGUGGAUUUCGGUGAUGAAGUUCGAACUGCAACCGGAGUUUGGGUCCACGGGUGAACAGCUAUUGCAGUACCAAACGAAGGAAGACUGCAGCGGAAUGCUUCGUAUUUGGGAUGGUCCCCUGAGAGAGGUUCCCAUUUGUAAAGAUAUCGACUGUGUGACAGUCGACAAGGACGGAUACCAGAGACCGACCAUUCGAUUCGGUCAGAACAGUACCAACGUAAUAGCCCGAUUUUGUCGUGGAUCCAUUCCACGAUCAUGUGAUCACGGAAUGCUCAACAUGACCAGUUCCCGACCGUGCACCCUUACGGAAAGUUUCGUGUCGAGCAGUGACUUCGUUACGCUGGAAUUGAAGACUACGGAAUCGACGGUACUGCGACCACUUCAGUUUGCGUUGCGCUACGAAUUCGUAGACUUCCUGCAGGACGGAACGCCUAUCGGAAGGGAAAGCGAGUGCAACAGGCGCUUCAUGAGUAGUCAGAUUGACAAGAAGGGUCCACAUCCGGUGCGGAGCGUUCGGAAUAUCUUUCUGUUUGGACGUGGCGGAGCCAAACAUUUGAACUGCGUCUACCGUUUCGAAGCCCAGCGUGGCGAACGAAUACGGCUGGAGAUUACGCGAGCGAUGACGGGAAAUCGUACGUGCGAUUCACGGGUCGAUCCGGAUAUCGGACGCUCGUACUGCUUCGGUAAUCACAGUGCCAGGAUUGAAAUUUUCGAACGACCCUGGCAUGAGUCAAUUCUAUUCCCGAGAGGUUGCAUCUGUAACUCGACGAACAAAUCGUUUCUACCGAUCCGGUUCACCUCCACUGGCCGGGAGGUAGAAAUUCACUUCGUUGCGGAGAACAUGACCAGCGGCGAUGAUCCGGAUUCGUUGAAUUUUGAGGCUACUUUCGAGUUCGUUAAGGCACCGGUAGUUUGCAAAGACGUACGGCGAAAGAAUGCGGUGACGGGAAUCGUGAAUCUCUCCGGCGGAGAGGUGGAAUGCCGUAACCGACCCUGGCUGAUUGAACCUUCGCACGACAAAUAUCUGUACAUCCGCUUGCGGGGUCUAUUUCUACGGAGAAACAAUCCUGCCUCACCGAUGCGGUACAACGCCAGUCUCAGCACUGUAACUCCGAUCCGGUGCAAUACCAAAGCUCGUGUCGUGAUCACCAACAGCGAGGGCGUUUCGGUAACUGCGUGUCCCCUUCCGGAUGAUACGGCCCAUCGUCAUGUGGUUGAAGUUUUCAGCGCAGGUUGGAAUCGAAAACAUCCGAACUUUGGAGCCGAACCAUCCAAGGCCAUCUCCGUAGAGUUCCUACAGCCCGAAAACGGACCAUAUUCGUUCAGUUGGCUUGAGUUGUCGAAGCGUUCUUUCAAGAGUUUCGCUCUAAUCACUGAAGAAUGUCCGUACAUGUGUCCAGAUCUGAACGCAUGCGUCAACGCAUCCAUCUGGUGUGACGGAAUCGAGCAGUGUCCCUCGGGAGAAGAUGAAUCGUUUACCAACUGCUCGGCACUGUUAAGACUUCCAGCGGAAAUCCUGGCCGGAUUUUGCGUUGUGCUACUACUUAUUUGUCUCGGAGUGACCGCUUACUUGUAUCGCAAAAUCAAACGUAGCUGCCGAAGGACAUCGGUUCUCCAGACGCGACUUAAAUCCCUCAGCUCGAUGGACACGGCCGUGUUCGACGAGAAGGAAGUGAUUUGCUGACAAAACGACAAUUCUGUACGGUACGUGGAGAUCGACCGAGUCACCACGGUCUGACCACGCACCGUACAGAAUUGUCUACAGCUUCCACGGAUUCCGCUGCGCUGGGUUCCGCCGGUAACCAUAAAACACUCCAAACUAACAACUGUAUGCUAUUUUAUAUUCUGCAUAAUCAAUAAGUUUUAAUAGACCGGUCCGCGAGGACAAACCGGCAAACUACAAUCGGAGCGGCAUCACAGGAUCACGGGCGGGAACCGAUACGGAUAGAUUUCAGAAACACGUUGUUAGGACCGCCGCAGGUACAUCCAAAACGAACGGACGAAGAGACUAAACUGUCAUUUUUGUACUACGUUUUAGUAAUACUUUAAUAACGAAACUAAGAUUCCAAAUAAAAAAAACCAAAACAAUGCUUACUAAUUAGACGGUGUUUUAAACCAAUUCACUCAACCAGGAAACGGCUACUAGAUGAUAAAACGAAUCCUACGAAUGAUCCUAUCAAACUUUCGGCAUAACCGGGGCAAUAACUGUCCGCUGUUUCUAGAACUAAAAUAACGUUAAACUAUAAAUAAGUAGGAUCUAAACCGUAAACAAACACUGUUUUCUGAGAAAAUUUUAUGAUAGACAAAACUUUAGACACAUUUCUCAAAGUUUGCAUGCAAGCGAAGAGCUUUUAGGUCUGCCAUACUACAAUGUAAAAAAAAAACCGUUGUCGAGAGGUUGAAAAGAUGAAUGAACUAUAAGAGAAGAAAAAAAAACGUAUUAAAAUCAAAAUAUAAAAAUCAAAUAAGUAAAAAUUGGUUGCAUAAAAUAAAACGUUUUAGUACUAAAACUAAAGUAUUACAAUAUUUAUUAAACAGAUAUCCCUUUAAAGCAAGACAUUACCGAGAGAACAAUUAGCGAAUUUUAAUCAUUCAAAGUAAUACAAUUAUAAAAGAGAAGAAACCUAGAUAAAUCAUUUUGGAAAGCUUAGGAAGUUCAGGAUUGUUGAAUUGUUACUCAUGUCGGUUUUAUAUAAAUGGACCAAUAUUUAAAAAACAGAACAAAAUCACGAUGAAAGUAAAAGUGUCGGUCGUAAUGCUAAGGAAACGAAUGAGAUUGAGCCAAGUUUUCCAAGACUACCAGGGACAAAAAAAAACAAGCAAAAAAACUUACCUAGCAAGUUAGUAGAGUUAAAUUUAAAACAGUAAGAGCAAGAGUUAAAAGACAAACUAACAUACAAGCAAACAAACCAACACAAUCACAAUUCAUUGAUGUUCUGAUUCGAACCGAAUCGAAGGUUAGGUUUGAAUCUGUCAUGUUUAGACUUCUUUCAAAACAUCGCGCGAAACGAAAGCGAUGAAUCAAAUAUACUACUACUACUACUACUACUACUACUACAUACUACUGCUACUACUACUGUCAACUACUGCCAGCUGUAAGAUGAAAUGCACCAGCAUAAGCUACUGCAAUGACCAAAUGUUAUAAUAAGCAAUUGGAUGGAGCGGAUACGGAAGCGAUCAUGUGUUGUUUGUUGUUAAGUUUUCCUGAUGAUCACGUUUUUCUAUGUGUUAAUGCGGUUGUCAUUUUAUUUUGGAAUAACAGCGAGACAUGAAGAAGAAAAAAACAUAAACCAAUGACGUUCCGGGUUUUUAUGAAAAUAUUUAGAGUUGAUUCUGUUUGCGAAAAUAUUGUUUUGUUCCGGGAUGUUUCAAACGUCGAAUUAGAGGAAAUGAUCUGCCUAUUUCAAAAAACCCUUCUUAAUCCACCUAGUGGUGUGAUAAUGCCUUUCUCUUCUUUCAUAGCAGUCUCAUGAAAAUAUAUUUCAUACUUUUAUUAUACAAUUUCAGAUACUAAUUUUGACACCAAUUGAUUCAGAUUGAGUCGAGUAGUUCACAAAAGCAUGCUUCAGUGUUUAUGUCACACAGUCAGCAUCAUUUUUCCAAACUACCCUCUUAGAAAAAAAACGUUCAACGGUGAUCCUUCAUUGGUCCAAUACGUUGGAUCAUUGGUCCAAUGAAAGUCCAAUCAAUCGUUCAACGGGAGGCCAACACGGGACCUUCGUUUGCCGAUUUUGAAACAGACCGUUGAACCGAAUGCCAGUUUUUUCGUUCAACAAACCCGGCAGACAGAGGUCCAUUGUUGAGCCAUUUUUAACAUGGGGAGUUGAAGCCCCGUUGGACUUGUUUUGCUGCAGAAUUUCUGAAGUUUUUUCCACUUAUUUGUUUAAACUAACACUACAUACCUGCACAAUACUUCUACUUCACGUAGAAUUACAACAAAUUUUCUUUCUAUGUAAAGGUAACACUUAAUUUUCACACUAUUUUUGCAAGAGAAAAAUCAACAACAAACCGUUCCAGCAAAUUGAACGAAUAUUUCGUGCAAUAUGUCGUUCAACAAGCGCUCAAAAACCAACAAAAUUGAACGGCCUGCUGAGAGGGUAGUGCUUGACAUUUGCGUUGCCUAUUUGUAAUCAGUGAUGCUAAUCUAAAAAAAGCCUUCUUAGUCCACUUAGUGGAAUUUUCAUAUAUCUUGAAAAAGCACCAUAGAGGGGAGUACAUGAAAUUUUCGAAAUCGAAAAGAAAUUUUUGAUGCCAAAGCCUUAGAAUUGCAUGAAACGUAGAGAUUUAGUGUUAUCUCAAGUCCCAGAAAAUUGAUUUCUUCAAAAAAAAUUUUUUUUGAGAGGACACUAAAUUUCGAUGUUUCAUGCAGUUUUAAGAGUUUCGGCAUCAAAAAAAAUUUUCGAUUUUGGAAAUUUCAUGUACUCCCCUCUAUGGUGCUUUUUCAAGAUCGAAAAUUGUCAAACCUUUACCACCGGGCAGCACCCCUUAAGCAUGUCCGAUUUAGGUCAAAUUUUGCAUGAAGGCUUUUUUUGAGGUGCCUCAACUUUUGAACACUAGAACUUAACGAAAAUAGAGGUGAUCCCAAAAUUUUGGCACCCUUAUAUAUAAGAGCGGUAAAAAUCAACGUGUUUUGUCGGUUACGUCACUUAUACCAUCAUAUAUCUGGAACCAAAAGUCACAGCUAUUUGAUCUUCGAACUUGAUCAAUGGUCCGACAUUAGCUUUCAAACGAGCCCAAGUUUGUUAAAAUCGGUUCAGCCAUCUUUGAGAAAAUUGAGCGCGUUCAAAUAUCUUCGAAAAGUGCACACACAUACACACACACACAGACAUUUUCCGAUCUCGACGAACUGAGUCGAAUGGUAUAUAACACUAUGGGUCUCCGAGGCUCCGUUCGAAAGUCGGUUUUUUCCAGCAAUUCUAAUACCUUUCUAAAGAGAAAGGCAAAACUGGUAUAUUUUUUACGGGCUGGAGUACAAUAGUGUAAAAAAACUGGCGCGUAAGUUCUGCUCAUUUCGGGACCAAAGAUUUUCCGUCGAGCGAAAUGCAGCUUAAAUUUUGUUGUUUUCAACGUCGGGUCUUAGAAAAGCAUGGUGAGUUCAAUAUUUUCAAUCAUCACACGUAAUAAGUACACUGAUUUUAGCUCAACCUUCGAUUCAAAGACAAAUUUUCCGAAAUUUUGGUAGAAGCAAAUGGCAUUGGUCUAGCCAGACUUAGUGGUCACAGCACCUUCCUUCUGUAAAAAAAAAUAACAAGAUCAGAAACACGUCGACCAUCAUUAAAAAAGUACUUACGUACUACGGAUAGAAACUUGAUAUGAAACUUUCGUUCUGUGUGUGAGUUAACGGGCGUACUGAAGCCUGCAUCGUAGAGUAGAGCACCGUAUAACCAACUCGCUCGUAGUUAACUUCGAACGGAUGUACCCAGUAAACAUUCGGAAUCUCAAACUUUGGCUGGUAACAUUCUCCACCGACGGUGUAAUUCAAGCGAACAAAUCCAUUCGCUUGACCUCCAUAUGAACAUCGGUAGUCUGAAAUGAUUUCAUUUUGUCAUCUUCGGUGUUUCACGAUGGAUUGAUGUCUCCUUGCGGUGUUGAUAAAACAAUAAAUUGCGUCAGAAAAAAAUAUAAUAAGUCAAAUAAAACCAUACCUAAGAGUAUGAAGAGCUACAGGCUGAUAUUGUUUGAUCGAUUAGGAACUAUAACACCAAGAUGUAUUCAUUAUCGGUUAACCGAUCAGUUAAGCGACAAUCAACGUGUGGUCUCCAUUGUGUAUCAAAUAAAAUUAUCAAUAAGUGCAACAUUUUAUUCAUCCAAUUCGGAAUCAUUUAUAUCAUCUUCUUCUUCUUCACUUCUUCACUUCUGGUGGCGUCACCUCACUUGAGAUGACGCCGAUUGAUGGCACAGCGAUUUAGCUAUAUUGCCAGUUAGUUUUCGUUUAUAGUCCAAUGGACUUUCUUUUCACUGGACUACAAGUGAAAUCCUCGCUAUGUGACAACGUGGAGUCACCGAAGUACGGAUGAAAAUCCUUUCUUUCUCGCGAAAUACUCGAAUUUGCACCGCACUAACACGAUACGACGUGUUCACUCGUUGAGGGUUUCACCGGAAGUGAUUUAGAUCAUCACCAGUCAAAAAAUGCCACCUGCAGCACAAUCACUCCAUUAUCCAUUAUAAAUGUAAUAGAUUCCACAGCAGAGAUGCCAGAUAUUUUCAUAGAAAAUCUGUAUUGCUAUAUAUAAAAAAUCUGUAUUAAUCUGUAUUCACUAAUUAAAUGAAAUUCUUACAACAAAAUGAUGCCAAAAGAUGUUAUUCCAAUAGAUGGUGGUUGUAGGAUGGUAGAUUCAAUCAGUCAUUGCUGCGCUCACAAGAAUUGUAAUUCCAUAUAUUUAUCUAGUUUGAAAUUGUUGACUUCAUAAUUUGACAUGGAAUUUUAACGCCCAAUAUGCACGUUGUCGGGUCAUACAACUCUCAGUUUGACAGUAAAAGUUCAUGAUGUCAUUACUUCCUUGAAUAUCAGUUCAAAUUGGUUUCAAACAGUGUUGGUGACUGCCGAAAAUUUGACAGAAGCUGCUCGAUAUUUUUCUAUAUUGUAUACAACAUUUUCAAUCCGAUAGAAGAUGCUACAAAAACUCGUGUCUCUCAAUGCAUGAACCGUGAGAGAAUUUUUCUACAUUUCUUUGCUCCACUUCAUACUCUGAGUAUUUCACGGCCCUUAAAAAAAAUAUAGUCUGAUAAUUAUCGUUGCUGGCUGGAAAUUACCAAGAGAGAAUCGCAAGUUGACAAUUAUCGCAGAAAAUCGAAUGGAUGAUUCGACUUGAUGAUUUUUAUUCAAUAUUAUAGUAUAAUUUUAAGGCACACUGCUUAAGCUCUAAGAUGCCAAGGGUAUUUACUAAUCUUAAUUACGACUAACUUAAAACUAGAAAAGUAUCAUUAUGUAAUGUAGCGGUAGCGGAUUCUCGAGAAGCUAUCGGUAGUGGCCGGUGAAUUGAAUAUCGCAUGAGGGUCUUCCAUAUGCCGUUGGCGAAGAUCCAUGUUGGCCGCAUCCUUCGGUCCGUGUGGGUCCGCGGGAAACACCCCCAGGCUACGAAGGCCCGGCGGGUGGCCCGCAUGCUGGUUUUCGACUGGGGCGGCCUUCCGUGGACGAUGAUGGUGAUGUUACGGAAGAGAAUGAAAAAAAAAAAGUAAAUAUUGUGGAAACGGGGUAAAAAGGGGAUGUGGGAACAAAAUGUUUGAAAACGAUAAAGAUCUAAUUAGUUGCCAUCGAGAUGGUGAAGAGACAGGGAAGGGGUAACGAAAAAGUUAGUGACAAAAAAAGAUCUUGUUAGUUCCAAUGAAGAUGGUGGACAGGGACGGGGAUCGAGAGAAUCGGGCGGAUGUUAGUGUCGAAC